AUGGCGCUGUCCAGCUCCAGCCUCUGCUCUCACCUGUCUUUGGUCAGAAUCUGUGGUUUCAGUAUUAAUAGGACAUCAUACAGCCUUUACUCACCUUAUGUGUCCCGUCAAACCAGGUUGCCGCUUGGUAGACAAAAUUACUCUACAUCCAAAGUAAGACAAGGAAUUGGUCGUUAUGUUUCUUCAAAGUUCCAAUUGGUCAACACCAAAUAUGAAGACUUUCUCAAAAAGCGGUUUCCUCGUUUUUAUCUGCUCCAUCACACAUUGUUGGAAGGGUUUAGGUUUCUAUUUCGAGAUGCAAAUGAGGUGAGGAGGAUCAAAUCAAAGCUCUAUAAUGAACGACUGCACUACAAAGACUUGCCAUACAGGGAAAUGGAGAAACUUCGACAGUUUCGCAGGGAUUUGAUUAAAGCUGUUCCACUGGUGUUGAUCUCAAUCCCUCCAUUUGCAAACUAUAUAGUUUUUGUCUUGAUGUACUUUUUCCCGCGGCAAGUCCUGAUCCCACAUUUCUGGACACCACAGCAGCAGGUCACAUUUCGGGGCAUAUAUCACUCACUGAGAGCACAGCACUUCCCUUCUGUGCUAAGAGGACUGGAGCAUUCGAACUCCAAAGUCAAAGAUCGAUCACUACAAAAGCGCCUUAAAGACCUUUGUGCCAAAGUCCAAAAUGGUUCUAAUCCUCAAGUAAUGGAAAUACUGGGUGUCCGCAGCCUGUUUUCUGGGCCUCCUUUGGGCAUUAACAGGUUGCACUCUGAACAAAAGAGACAGUUGAGUCGGCUGCUCUUCCUCACUCCUCACCUGCCUUCAUUCGUGGUCGGUCGGAGGUUGAGCAGUCACGCUCUGGAGCUGCUGCACCUGGACCGUGCGCUCAGCCGCUUGGGACCACAUCAGCUCAGUGACACCGAGCUCCGACAGGCUUGCUACGUGAGGGGGCUUAACUCUGACAGCUUGAAUGCUAACCAGUGUCAUGACUGGUUGUCCCAGUGGCUACAGGUUUCCAUGACACUAAAAGACUCAGAAGUGUCACUGCUUUUGCACAAUAUGGUUUUACUAUCAACCAACUACCCGCAAAGGUCCAAACAACACUGA